CCCAUUUGGGACCGCAAGCUGGCGCCACAGGCAACGGGGUCGGAGCGUGCCUUUGAAGUCGCGUAGGCUACCACCAUGAGCGGCCGAAGUCGGGGUAGAAAGUCCUCCCGCGCCAAAAGCCGGGGCAAAGGGCGAGCCAGAGCCCGCGUCCGCGCUGCUCCGGACAGCGCCCCGCGUGAGCCGGACCUUCCACUGUUCCAGAGGCUCGAGGAGGAACCCCCGGCAGCACAGGUGCAGGCUGGCGAGGGUUGGGGUGGCCUGGAAACCGCCGCGCCCGUGCCGCUCUUCCAGGCGGGGGAAGAGGCCGCCUGCCGGCUCCCUCUGGAUUGUGGCCUCGCGCUCCGGGCCCGAGCGGCGGGGGAUCGCGGGCGGGCCGAGACCAGGCUCGGCCCGAGAAAGGCCACGUCCCUCUCGGAGCGCCUGACGACAGACACGGUCUUCGUAGGAACCGCGGGAACUGUGGGAAGGCCGAAAAAUGGCCCCCGCGUUGGAAAUCGGCGUGGGCCUGCUGGAAAGAAGGGCCCAGAAACCUGUAGCGCCUUAGGGAAGGGGUCUCAGCCCGUAGCUGGUGGGAAGCCGAAGAAAGGGACCUCCGGGGAGUGUGUGCCCGUCCCAGUGGUAGAGGAAAACGAGCUGGAAACGGAUGCAGACCCAGGGCCCCUGGCGUCGGAUGGCAGCAUGGAUACGCUGGAGAACGUCCAGCUGAAGCUGGAGACCAUGAAUGCCCAGGCCGACAGGGCCUACCUUCGCCUCUCCCGCAAGUUUGGGCAGUUGCGACUGCACCACCUAGAGCGUAGGAACCUCCUCAUCCAGAAUAUCCCGGGCUUCUGGGGGCAAGCUUUUCAGAACCACCCCCAGCUAUCAUCCUUUCUGAACAACCAAGAUAAAGAAGUACUCAGCUACUUGAACAGCUUGGAGGUGGAAGAGCUUGGCCUCGCCAGAUUGGGCUACAAAAUCAAGUUCUACUUCGGGCGCAACCCCUAUUUCCAAAAUAAGGUGCUCAUCAAGGAAUAUGGGUGUGGUCCUUCAGGUCAGGUGGUGUCUCGUUCUACUCCAAUCCAGUGGCUCCCAGGGCAUGAUCUCCAGUCCCUAAGCCAGGGGAACUCAGACAACAGCCGUAGCUUUUUUGGGUGGUUUUCAAACCACAGCUCCAUUGAGUCUGACAAGAUUGUUGAAAUAAUUAAUGAGGAACUGUGGCCCAAUCCCCUGCAGUACUACCUUAUGAGUGAAGGGGCCCGUGCAGAGAAAGGAAAGGAGGGCAGGCAGGGCCCAGCAAGACAGCCAGUGGAGACCCCUGAGCCUGGGGGAAAGAAAGCCAACUGAUCUUGCACAAGGCUUGCUACUACCUCCUGCUGGACCGGUGUCUGGCUGACCACCUGUGUUUGGCUGUCUGGCCCCUCUCUUCAUGUUGACUGCUGUGUAUUCGGUUCCAUUUGAAUUUCAGUUACAAGAAUAUGACAUUUAUGACCAUGUUCUUUGGCCUUCCCAUGGCCUCGUUUUUUUACAUGAGUGCCACGUGUUACGGGAUCUCACUCCUACCAGUUGUAUGUUUAGAACACAUGCUUGAGAUGUGUGCUGCCUUUAUCUACAUGCCUGGACCCUGUUCUUGGCUCUGGCCUUUCCCACCUGUCUUUAACAUGGACACUCAUGAGCCCUUCUCCAAGAGGACCAGUGCUUCCUUACGCUCUGCUCCUUCAGGGCCACUGACUUGAUGGGCUUCGUAUGCAUGCUGGUCAUGCAUGCCAUGUGUGACAAGAUUUUCUGUUGCCACUGCAGAAUGAAGCUCGUGCACAUGGUACUGGCCAUCAGCCAGAACUGAUUGUUCAGUGACUUGGGGUCACUAGCCAAGGUCCCACUUACUGGAUCUCUGGCCAGGGGUCCAUGCUACCCUGCAGGACAUACAGCAGAAUGGCACUUGACCGCUGUGCAUGGAUGAGGUUAAGGGUGAGAAGCAGUAUGCCGUGUGUUCUAUUACCAUCAUGCAUCUCUUCCUGCCUCUGGGCCCUUCUGCUGGGGAACCUUUGUCAAGUUCUGCACUGUGUCCCAUCACCCUCAGGCCACUGAGUUUUGUCUAGGUUGCUGUUGGCCCCAGUUGGCUUCCUUUUCAACAAGGACCUCAAGAACUGCUUGUGGACCCAGGCCUCCUGCCAGUAUGUGAGACACACACCUACCCUCCCCAGCCUUCCAUGAACCCUAUUGGCUGCCAGACUGAUGGGUAGGGCUGGUAUGUGUGGACACGUGAUCACUGUCAUCAUGUGUGGCUCCAGGUGAUGGUGGGGACUAGACCCACAUAGAAUGUGUGGCCUUAUGUAUGUGGAAGAUUAAUGCUAUAUGCUGCUUAUUUUGCCUCUAAGUACCACGUUCCUCGUUUUUGCCUAAUGGGAAAAUAGAGCUGUACAGGUCUGCCUUUUUUUUUUUUUGUUUUUAAACUUUCAGCUCUUUAUUAUGGACAUUUCCAGACAUGCACAGAAGUGAAGAGGAUGUUCCCUGGACCUUAUGUGCCUGCCUGUCGCCUAGCUACAUCAUUUAUUAAUUAUGAUCAACUUGGUUUCACCUGUAUCUCCCUCUUCCACCUGUAUUGUUUAUUGAAAGUCCAAGACACUGUGCCAAUUCAGCUGUGACUACUUUAGGAAAUUGGGACUCACUUUUGGUGGUGAUAGCGUCGGGGUACACUAUCAUUAUUGUAUCAGGUCUGUUUUUUUGCUCCUAAUGUUAACUAAUGAAGUUCCAGAGAUAGGCCUUAGAAAUGAAAGUCUUCAGAAUUAACAGGGAAUCUCAGAAAGAGAUGAAGGGGAUGCUCCCUUCCCCCUGCAUCCACGAAAGGAGAGCGUGACUGUUGUAAACGGUUUUGAAGACUGAUAAAAUAUGGAGCUUACUUGAGACCCUUCACCAGAAUAUCGGUCUUUUUCUCCUGUGUAAGAUAGAGACUCAUGUGACUAUUAGAGUUGUUUUCAGCUUGUCCUGGUCUCGUAAUAUAUCUCUGGUCUUGGAAUAAUUUGGAAAUUGUUGCUGUGUUUGUGAAAAUAGCCCACCAAUAAAAAUAAUCAGUAACUGGUUGUUUUACUUGCUAA